GCUACAAUACCAGCACACGCCUACAGUUUCUGCUCCAAAAUGGUUGCACGAGCAGCAAUUUUGUCGGUCGCCUUGACGACCAGCGUGUGCUCGGUCGGCGAGGCCUUUGUGACGCCCAACGUCGCAGUAGUGCCAGGCGGGGCGUUUUCGUCUCACAGAGCAGCACAGGCCGCACGCCUGAGACGACCAGCAGCUCGUGCUGCUGAACCAGCCCGUAGCGGACGCGAUGCCCCUCUCAUGUCGACAUCCACUGACCUGAAGGAGUUGGGGCUGACCCCGGAGCUGGAAAGGUUGACGAAGGUGUUCAGGUCUUGUCCCACGGACAAGAUGCGACAGAUGCAGCUCCUGCACCUCGCGCAGAUGGGCGACAAGAUGGACCCGGCUCUCCAGACAGAGGAGAACAAGGUCUUGGGGUGCCUCUCGACCGUGUACGUUGCGGCGGAGGUGAAGGAUGGCCUAAUCUACUACUCCACGGACUCGGACGCGAUGAUCACCAAGGGGUUGGCAGGCCUUCUCGCGAUGGGCCUUUCCGGCAACUCGCCGGAGGCCAUCCAGACCGUCAAGCCAGAGUUCAUCCAAGUGGCCGGCCUUCAGGCCAGCCUCACUGCCGGGCGAAACAACGGGUUCAUCAACAUGCUACGGACGAUGAAGGGGAAGGCGCUAGCGUUGGGCGGCGAGUCGGCCAUCCGCGCGGCUGUGGAGCAAGCAGCCCCGGCGGCGGAAGAAGCGGCAGCGGAGGAGCCGGAGCAAAGCGGGACGAUGGCAUCACGGAUAACCGAAAAGCUGCAAAAGCUGGAGCCGUUGAAGCUGGUCAUCGAGGACGAGUCAGGCGGGGAAGAGUCCAAGUUCAUGAUUAACAUCGUCAGCAAAUCCUUCGAGGGCCUGACGCUGUUGAAGCGGCACCGAUCCGUGUACGGCCUCAUGGCCGACGAAAUGAAAAUAGUACACGCGGUUACCCUAGACACGAAGACGCCCGAGGAAGUAGGAAUGUAGGGUGUAGGAUGCUGCGGUGUGAACGUUUUACUCCCAACACUUUCGUGAUGACUUGCGACACCUGCGUUGAGUUGCGAACCUGACUUGGCUUGGCUUGCAAAUCUUGCGUUGAUUUGCAACAAUUUUGUCGGCUUGAUGUGGGCUGUGUACCACGGCAGUCAUACUUGGUCAGGUCCUCUUGUUGCGCGACUUGUUACCGUUUAUUUGCGCCUCGCUGCAUCCGUUUGUUGAGAGAAGGGUGCGCAGUUUUGUUUCUGUGGUACACUGCGUACGAAGAGCAUUGGGUUUGAGUUUCGUUGCGCAGGGUACCGGUCGCCCGGUGGUCUAGUGGUAACAUCGAAGUCGCUAGUCGCAGAGAAAGGUCGCGAGUUCGAAUCCCCAUCGGGUGAUAAAUUUACAAAACUUGUGGAUAAAAGCG